AUGUUUUUGGCCCAGAUCCGCGUAGCAGCCUUGGAGGUGACAGAAAGUCGAGCUGGAAUCUUGCGCCUUAUCGGGGGGGACUCGCUGAAGCCAACUGAAGCAUGGGCAGAGGAUGAAUCAGAGAAACAGGAAGCACCUACCGAGAUUAUCAACAGCCUCGAAGAUGUCAAGACGGAUACUGCAGUAGCUAUUAAGGACCCUUUUGAGCGCUAUCGCAAAAUGCUCAAAGUUGGUGUGCCUCGAGAAACGGUCGAGGAGCAAAUGCGGAUUGAUCGAGUUGACCCUACGGGACUCGAUGUAAAAGGAGUGUCCGGUGCGAAGCAAGUCACUGCACCAGUGGUGCGUGAUGUUCGUGUGACCAAAACCAAACGCCGUCGAUGGCAUUGGACGGAAGUUGCAGAGGUUGACCGAACUGCACCACCGUCAAAAGGGUCGUUAUGGACACUAGUGAAUGAGAAGGGAGCCCAUCAGCGACUCUCCGCUUCUUCUCAGGCUUACAUCCAAGAGCUCUAUGUGAAAGAGAUUGGCAAUCGGGUCGAAAGCUCCAAACAGGUUCAGAUGAAGAUUAGCACAAAAACAGCUCCGGCCAUCCAUCGUUCUCGAUCUGCUAAACCCGACAAAGUGCAGAUCUUAAAAGGGAAUAAAGCUGUGAACCUCGAGUUCGCAGCAAAGCGCAUCGCUCCUCCGUUCGAGAAAGUGGCGAGAGAUGUUAAUAUACUGACCGCUAUGUAUCUGCAAGACACCGAUAUCAAGACUAUUCUCGCAAUGUGGCCAAGCAUGGCUGAAGAAAUUGCCCUCGAAGAGUAUUCGGAAGACUUUGAUGCGCUCAAGCCCAGCGAGCAGUUUCUCGUGAUGAUCCGAGCUGUUCCAAUGGCCAAAGAUAAGCUCAAAUGUCUGCUGUUGAAGCUGGAGUUGCCCUCACGAGCUGAAAAUCUCAAACAAGCCGCAGGUUUAGUGACCCGGGCGCUGAACCAACUGUGUUCGAGCCACAAAUUUACCCGAGUCAUGCAACUGCUUCGCGAUUUUGGUAAUCUUGCUAAUGAAGAGUUUGUUACGAACUACAAAGCGAGGUUUUCGCUGAGGUCGCUCGUGACGAUGACGAACACGAAGUCGUUCGACAACUCAAACACGAUGCUUGACGGAUUUUUACACGUCCUUCGGAUGGAAGAUAAUGGCAAUUUGUCGACGUUCUACGACGAGAUCAAUCUCGUCUUGCAGUGCAAGAGUGUAUCAGUCGACAGCCUGAACUCCGAAAUGAAUCAGCUUUGUGAGGGUCAUGCGUUGGUAAAAUCUGUGGCUCGAGCAAGCGGUGAUGCAGCUGGAGAGGAUGCAACACUCGCUCAUAAGGCGUUUACACAAUUUGCCGACGAAGUUGACGACAAGUUACGGGGUGUGCAGAUGAGUUUAGACGCCAUGAAAUCGAGUAAGCACAAGUUUGAGGCGUGGUUCGAAGAGGAUUCAAGGGCUCCGCUGGAUCACCACCUUAAGGCGAUUGUGCACUUUGCACUCGAAGUCAAGGCUCGAAACGCCGUUCUGUCACAUAAACAGUAG